AUGGUUAAUGAGAUACCUCUAUAUCAUACAGAUCACGAUUCACCUAUGCUUAAGCGAUGUGUUAAGAGGAUGGUCCAAAAUGACGUGAGCCCUGAGGAAGGAGCUUUGCUGGCUAGACACAUGGGUGCUAUCUUCUUGAAACAGACCCCACUGAGUAAGAAAGAAAAGAAGAAGAAAGUGUUUGUUUCUGAAAAAGUUAGUGCCAUGAUUCAGAACAGGAUUCCAGAGAAGUUACCUGAUCCAGGAAGUUUCGUACUAGACUGCUCUAUCUUCACAGAAAGAUUUCCUCACUCUCUUUGUGAUCUUGGCUCAGGUAUCAACUUGAUACCAUACUCUGUUGCUGUGAGACUUGGGAUGACAGAUUUCAAGCCGACUAGGAUCUCUCUUAUCUUAGCUGAUAGGUCCAAAAGAAUUCCCGAAGGUCUUUUAGAGGAUGUUCUAAUAAGGAUUGGUGAAUGCAUAAUUCCUACGGACUUUGUGGUUUUGAAGUAUAGCGAAGAACCUCAGGAUCCUCUUAUCCUUGGGAGAUCUUUCUUGGCUACCGCUGGUGCUCUUAUAGAUGUUCAGAAAGGAACGAUUGGACUGUAUGUGGAGGAAGCCAUCGAUGACAAGGCAGUCGUAGAGUAUUCAAGAGACAUUAUUGCUAGUAAUCAUCUGUUUAGGACUAGGGACCAUAACGGGGGUCUAGCUAAUUAUAAGCUAUUGGAGGAUGACGUUUUUGUGCUAGAGAUGAGGAUCGCUGAGUCGAACUGCAGAAAAAGUGGAGAAACACGAGCAGCAGGCUCAGUGUCGAGCGACAACACUAUGGUGUCGGUCGACACCCCUCGUCACGACAGUACAAACUUGCCAAGAACGGAUGUUUUUCGUGUUGAUCUUACUGCUGCAAACUUGAGCCCUGUUCUGAAUCGGAAAGCUUCACCACCCAUACUCCAGAGACCUCGAGAAAAGCAAAGGGACGCAUGUUCUUUACCUAAACCUUCUCAUAUCAUCGAUAAGACUUUUAAAGGUACAAAGACUGUUUUGCAGUUAACCAAGCCACAAGAUUAUCGUAGAGCGCUUGUUGGUUCUUUUGAUGAUGUUGCAGGUAAAAGAAGUGUCCCACCCACACCUCAAUCUUGCCCUGCUGCUGCUCCUCGAGUGGUUGGUCGAUCUCCUACACCUAAUGCUUAUAAACCACCUUGGAUGAUGAGACACUAUUCUCGGAGACAUUUAGUGCCGCUUCCCGACCCACCUGAUGCAUGA